AUGUUAGCAAUGUAUAGCGGUCAAAUAGGAUUAUUUUCUUCUCAAGAUCUUUUAAUUUUUUUCAUUAUGUGGGAGUUAGAAUUUAAUAUAUAUUUUUUAUUAUUUUUUAUUCCCAAGGCACCAAUUUGUUAUGCAAUUUAA